UCAUUUCAACCAACAAAAAUUCAAAUCCAAGAAGCAAAAUAUUGAGAAAUUUUUAUAGUGAAAAAAAAGGAAAAUGAGUUCGUCAACAAGAGCUUUGGUUGUAGCAGCCACCGUGGGCGUCGUGGAAGCACUGAAGGAUCAAGGAAUAUGCCGGUGGAAUCAUCUGUUAAGAUCGGCGCACCACUACGCUAGAAACCAUGUCCGGUCUAUUUCUCAGGCUAAGAAGCUUUCCUCCGCCGUGCCUUCCGCCAACCGCUUCCAACAGUCGGAGGAAUCUCUGAGGACGGUCAUGUAUCUUAGUUGUUGGGGUCCUAAUAACUGAGCGCAACUCAACAAACCGUCCAUAGAUUACUCUCCGGUUUUGACCGGCGCUGGUCAGUUUUCGGAUCGUGAUCGUAAUCAAUUGUAGACGGUUGGGCCGCCUGUUUUCAUUUUUUAUUUUGGAAGGAUUGUAAAAGCAAUUCACUUAAUUAUUUAAUACAAUUGAAACAAAGAGAGCUUCUUCAGCACUUUAA